AGUGAACCUCAUGAGAAAAAAUACAUAUGUUUGCAACAGCAGCUUUUCUAACACCAUGGUGUUUCACAUGCAGGGUGAAAAGGUCAAAGAGAGACUGACCCCUGUGCUGAACUUGCUGACCGAAUGCUCCAGAGGUCACAGAGACACAAGGCACUACCUCAGACAACAGAUUCUGCCUCCAUUAAGAGAUGUCAGCACUAAACCUGAGGAGGGAAACACUAUGAGGAAUCGUCUGGUCAGACUGAUGACCCACCUGGAGACUGAGCUCAAACAUUGCGCUGCUGACCUGCUCUUCGUGCUGUGCAAAGAGAACGGUAACUCAUAGAAACACACUAUUAACCACAAAUACCAGAAUUCUGUAAAAAUGCAGAAUUUCCCUCCAAAAACAUACUACAUUCUU